AUGAAAUAGGAUGACCUUAACUCGCCUAGUCUUUGUGGGUAUCUUAACUUUUUCCACGUUUUGGGAGAGAUGGAAUCAUAAAAUCUGAUCUCUUUAUAAGAGAAAAAGAUCGUGAAAUAAAAAUUGACAGUCAAGGAUCCCUCACUCUUAGUAUUAUUGUCAAAAUAACAUGAUGAUAAUCAAAUGAAGGAAAUGCUGUUAUCCUACAUUUCCUAACUUCAGAUGACUCUAUCUAAAUCAUAAACCUAAGAGUUGAGCCCAUCAAAAAAGCAUGAGGGAUAAAUUUUAGUAAUGCAUAAAUUUAUCUUAGACUCAAACUGUAAAAAUGAUCGAUUAGUUAAUCAAAUAAUUGAACAGUAUGUUCCAAAACUCAAAUUAACAGGUAUAUGCAUAUUUUUCAAAUCAAAAUUAGAUGAAUGAAGAGUUUAGAGACAAAAUUUAAAAAUUGCGGAGACUUUUAUAUUAGAUUGAUUAACAGGAAGAAAUUGAUAUCACUAUUAAUCAGUAAUUGCAAUAGAUUUACUAGCUAAUAAAAGUAAUUUUGUCAUAACGCUUAGCAAAGGUAUUCACGUUAUAUGAAUUCACUUCUUUUAUUGAUGGAUGAAAAAGUUGAACCAAAAGAUAUCUAAGAAUUCCUUAAGACAUUUUUGAACUAACUAAUAGGUUGUACAUCCUAUGGUUACAUAAUAAUCAAAGAAGAAAUAGUAUCAUUACACAGGGAUGAAAAAUAUGAAUAGUUGGAUUUAGAUGAGUAAUGUAAAAGAGAAUUGUAAAAUCUCACAGACAUUACAGAAAUUCAACAACUCGAAUUCUUGAGAAAAUAUUUUAGGAAUGGCGAAUACAUAUUAAAGUUGUCUCAAACCUAAUUUUUUACUAUGCAAUUAGAUUAAAGUUUUACUUAGUUUGUUAUGUUGGCAAGUAAAUACAAGUAUUUAGAUUCAAUUAUCGACCUUGCUCAAUUUGUGAUUUAUACUGAACAAUAAAUUAAAGUUCAAUAUUUUAGCAUUUUAUCAAUUGGCGAUACUGUAUUAGAAAUAGGAUUGGAGAUAGUAAGAUGCUCAAAGUAUUUACUAAUCGAAUAAAUAUUAUCAAUAAUUAUUGGAUAAUAUCAAAUACAGCAAAUUAAUGAAUACUAGCCUCAGCUAGUAACAUUUAAGUUUAAGGAUUCAUAAUCUCAAUACUUAUUUUCUACUGAUUUGGACUUAAAGAAACCUUAGGAUUUAAUAAUUUACAAUCAAGUCAACUAAUUAUAUCAAAGAUACCAACAAUUUAUAAAGUAAUGUUAUGAGAGAAUGUCCUUUUAUAAAUAUUUCCUUAGAUCAAAGAGUCUUUUCAUGAUUGAUUUUGAUAAAUAAGGAAGAUUAAGGUUUUUGAGUAAGGCGCUGCCUCAGAAAAUAAAACAAUAAUUUAAUAUAGAUAAAACACAGAUCGAUUAGACUUACAAAUAAAUCUUUAACUCAAAUUAAUCAAUGAUAUAAACAAUUGAAACCUAUAUUAGUAAUUCUAAGUGGAAAUUGAAUCAAUAAGAAGAUGAAUCAAAUAAAAUAUUUGAAAUCUUCAUAAGGAAAGAGGAGAAACAAUUUAAAGGAUUUACUUUAAUCGUGUCAGAGAAUGAUUGGGUAAGGAGAAAAGCACAGCCUCCAAAUUCAGGAAAUUUAGUUAGACAAUAGUUAUUACAAACAGAAACCAUGGAUUAUAUUAAGAAACUAGAAGAAUUCAAUCCUGAUAUCAGGAAUUCAGUUGUGGCUAUGUAUAUGCCUUAAACUCAGGAAUUUAAUUCCGUUUAAUAAUAGUCAUAAAAGACUCCAACCUUAGUUUUUAGAAAGAUAAAAAAAGACUAAGUGGUUGGAAAGAAUAGUUUCCUUUUCAAAUAAAGAGAGGAGGAGAAAAAGUCUAUGAAAGUCAAUCCGAAUAAAUUUAAUGAAUCUCAUUUAAGUAUUAAUGAGCAAGAUAUCAUCUUAGAUUCUCUAGAUUUUAAUAUUCAUAAGGUAUCAAUAUUAUUAUUAUAUUUUAGGUAAAUAAUAUGAUUGAAAAGCAAAGACUGGUUUGGUCAAUUUUGGCAAGAGGCAAUUUCAUAUAAAUGUUUGGCAUUCCAUAAGAAAAAUUAGUCGCUUUCUUAAAUGAGAUGGAAACUCAAUAUAAUAUGAAUAAUAAUCCUUAUCAUAAUUAUGACCAUGGGAUCGCAGUGAUGUAAUCUGUAAAUUGCUUUGUCAAAUAAUUAUUACAACACUUAGGAGAACACUUAUUCAAUAACAUAACUAGAUUCUGUUUACUGCUUUCUGGACUUUGCCAUGAUGUAGCUCACACUGGUAAAACAAACGCUUAUGAAGCUAACUCUUUGAGUACUCUGGCUAUCAGGUAUCAUGAUAGAGUGGUGAGCAUUAUUAUCGAUAUUUUAGGUGUUGGAAUAACAUCAUGCAGCCACAACUGUCAAAAUUCUUAGAGAUUCAUCAACAAAUAUCUUAUGCAAUUUUUCAGAUCAAGAUUUUAGAACAUUUAGAAAAUAAUUGAUAUCUAAUAUUCUGGCUACGGAUAUGUAAGAACAUUUUAAGAUGCUGAAAGAAUUUGAAUCUCGAAUUGAAUAAUAUGGAAAUGAUCCAGAAGAUUUAUCUUUGCUUUGUGGAAUGAUCACCCACACUGCAGAUUUUAAUGGCACUGCUCGAAAGUGGCCUUAGAGUUAACUUUGGAGUGAGAAGAUCAAUUAGGAGUACAGAGCAUAAUAUGAGGAUGAGGGAAAGAAAGGAUAUCCUCAAUAACCAUUUAUGAAAGAUUUAGACAAAGUAUAUGUUUAUCCUAAACUUCAUAGUUGCAUGUUAUGUCUAAGAAUGAAAUGGGAUUCAUAAAGGUAAUUGUGAGACCAUUAUAUCAUCAAAUGAAUGUGUUUGGAAAGGGAGCCUUCUAAAUCUGUGUAAAUAAUUUAGAUGAAACAAUUCUGGAAUGGGACAAAUUGUACUAAAAAGGGAUAUAAGAAUUGGAACUAUAAGAAUAAUAACAAAAACAGGAGUCUAAAUGA